AUUCAGUUUUAGAAGUACUUCUAAAAGGGCCGAAGGAGCAGUUUUACGGAAGCUGGGUACUACUAGCUUCUCCAAAUGUGAUUCUGCUUCUAACAAUUUUAUUCCAAAACUAUCCUCCUUAAAAAAACCUCGCUCCCUCAAAGUCGCAACUCGCAAACCCUAUUCCUCAGUAUCUCACAGACUCAUCUUCCCCAUAGGCAAUCUUCAUCUUUGUGCCCCUGCUCUUGGCCAUCUUUUCAUGCUCAAAGGACUAAAAUAUAGAUGGGAUACCAAAACUGUCCUGCAAAGUCACUCUUCUUCCGUCCGUGACUUGUGAAGCAUGCGCGAAAGGAUGUCUCUCCAUUGCCUCUGCAACUUUCCCAUGGUAAGAAGAAGAAAUCAUAUGAGGAAGAGGAAUCUGGGAGAUAAUGUUCAAAUGUGAAGAGGAAGAGAGAAAGGGAAAGAGAGGCAGAGAAUAGAAGGGACCAGUAGAACAACCUGGAGUUCUGGACUGGAAAUUGUAGAGAAGGAUCAAUUGUUGAGGUGCAAGAGGAGAUAAUUGCUACUGUAAUUGCAGGGGAGAGGAUUGAUUGUGAGUUACAGGAUAAGGGGAUUGAUGUUGGAGUUGCAGGAGAAGAGCGUGGCACAAAAGAAGAUCAACGCUGGAGGUGGAGACAAGGAUACACACAUGGACAUUUCACACUUUGCAGAAAACGUAAAAAUUGAUAAUAGGAGCGAAUGACUCAUAUAUUGGUAGUAAAGCAUAUUAAGUCCUAAUUUGAGUUUUUAUCUAUGUUUUAGUUCUAUUUAGGACAAUUUUUAUUUAGAAAUAGUUUGUCUAGCUAAUGUGUGAGGAAUCUUAUUCUCUUAUCAUCGCACAUAUUAGACAGAAAUAUUAGCGAUAAACAAAAUUGUAUCAAAGGAACAUCCGUGUAUGUAAUUUAUACCACGUAGUGAUGCAGAGUUUUUG